AUGCCACCCAAGGCGCCUCUCAAUUGGGGCUGCAUGCCCCCGUCCUUUCUCCUUCCAUCGUCUACCCGCUUCCUCACCCCACUCAUCCAGCAAAAUGCGACACGAGUCUCCCACCCAGCAACCGCAUACACAUGCAUCCGCGGCAUCAAAUCCACAAACACCCCCCGCCCCGACCGGUUCGCCCACCACCCCUCCAAACCCGCUCUCAACGCUACAUCCACCGCCGCCCUCGAGCGUAGAGCACACUCGACACCCCUCCGCACUGGUCUUCUCGCCCUCAAGCGCGGCAUGACAUCUGUGUACGACACCGAGUCUGGGAAACGCACGCCAUGCACCGUGUUGCAGCUGGAUCGCAAUGAAGUUGUUGCGCACAAGACGCGGGACAAGAACGGGUACUGGGCUGUUCAGAUUGGCGCCGGGCAGAAGGAGGCACGGAACGUCACGCGGCCCAUGUUAGGGCAUUUUGCGGCAGGGAAGGUCAGCCCGAAGCGGUGGUUGGUAGAAUUCAAAGUCAAAGACGAAGGGGGGCUGAAAGUUGGCGUGGGUGAAAUGGUGGGCGCGGCAUGGUUCACAAAGGGCCAGUGGGUGGACGUCAGGGCGAUUAGCAGGGGAAUGGGCUUCGCUGGUGGCAUGAAACGCCACGGCUUCAGCGGUCAACCCGCUUCCCACGGUCAAUCGCUCAUGCAUCGUGGUAUGGGUUCCGCAGGUGGUUCCCAGGGCUCCGGUUCGCGUGUUCUGCCUGGAAAGCGCAUGGCCGGACGUAUGGGCGGGGAGAGCGUCACGGUCAAAAACUUAAAGGUGCUGAUGGUCGACAACGCGAAUGGCCUCGUCGUCGUCUCAGGCUGUGUGCCCGGCCCGAAGAACCAGCUCAUACAACUCCAGGAUGCGCUGGGGAAGCCGUGGCCCAAGGGCCCGAUGACGACAGCAGAACUUGGCCCUGUCGAGAUUGCGGCGGAAGCUGAGGCUGCGGAGGCUGUAGCGGUUUGA